GUACCGUAUCAGCGUGAACAGACGCGCAUCAAAAUUCAAGUGGCGUUUGUCUUGCCAACUUGUCACAAAUGACGACUUACUUCACCGCAGUCAGAAAAAAGAGGAAGAAACUACAGUCGGGUCUGUUAACUUCCACCGAAGGAGGAGACGACCAGAAGUAACUUCACAGAGCUGCAUCACGGCAACAACUCCAGUCAAUUCACAGUGAGAGAUGAUGGACCCUGAAGUGUCUGUGCUGCUGGACUGUGCAGCCUGGCGGGGGCUGCUGCAGGCUCAAGUGCAGGUGGAGCUCUCUGAAAGAUAUAACCGGCAGACAGAUGCUGCUCUUGAACGUCACAUAGAGGAGAUGUGGUCAGAGCGGGUGUCCAAGGAGCCGUGGCUUUUCAACGGCGCCAAAUUCAGGCUGCACUCUUUCAGCUUGGCCUCUCCUAUGUGUCCCUCGUCAUCCUCAGUUUCUCCCAAACGCUCACCCUGCACUCAUUCAUCCCAUGUUCCCGUCUCGGACUGUGCAGGCGACCGGGAGGGCGAAUUAGUCAACAGACAGGGAGAAAUGGCUCGGAACAGUUUUGACCAGAGAAACGGGUCUGUGAAUCAGACAGAAAACGGAGAUGGUGUCACCCAGCAGAAAACCAGUACACUGAGACGAGCUUCCUCCACGUGUGACUGCAGAGCUCAGGAGGCCGAGGCGCUCCUCGCUCUGAGACUAGGUCUGACCUGCUACAAAGACUACCUUGGAACCAACUGGUCCUGCCGAGUGGCAGAGCUCCGUCGGCGUGGCGAAGAGGAGUUCAAUGAUCCUCUGGCGCUGCUGGCUCAGCCUCUGGGUGUGGGCGCCGUCCUGUGUACAGAUGACGGACAGGUGGUGUUGAUCAGGAGGAGUCAGAAGGUGGCGGAGGCAGGAGGGCUGCUGGACAUCCCCGGAGGUCACCCGGAGCCAAAGGCGGUGUGUGAGCGUCUGGGUCAGGCAGUGUGUGAGGAGCAGGUCAGCGUGGCGGCGCUGCAGAAGAGGCCGGAGGCUGUCGUUGCUGAGCUUUUCUCUUCUGUCUGCGCCGAGAUCAGAGACGAGGUGAACGUUCCUCUGAGGUUCCUCGGAGAGCCCGUCCUGAUGGGCGUCGCUCUGAAUCACACCAGCGCUGGCAGACCGAGCGCCGAGUUCUACGUCAGUUGCUCACUGACAUCUGAUGAAGUUAGAAAGUUGUACUGGAAAGGAGGAGCUGAGGCCAACGAGUCAACAGAUAUCGUCUUCCUCAGCAGAACGGAGAUGCUGCAGCUGGACAGACGCAGCGCUCUGUGGUCGGAGCUUUGUCCUUCAGCCAAAGGAGCCGUGCAGCUGUAUCAGUCAGUGAAGCCUGACGGAGGACAAAACCUGAGCAAACAACCUGCUGCAGAAAAUGGAUCCAGAUGAUCAAAUAU